AUGUGGACGCGCUCGAGCACCGGCUUCAACACUAUCCCCGAGAACGUCGCAGCCGUCGUGCUCUCGCACCUUACGGACCCGGAAGAUCGCGUCAGGCUCGCCGCGGUGAGCAAGGUGUGGAGGGACGCGGAGAAGGGGGGAGUCGCGUCGUUGCCUGGAACUCCCAGCGAGUUGAGCGAGCUCGGUCAAGAGUUUCGCUCAGCUGAUGAGCAAUGGAAGGCGAUCUACUGGUUCGAGAAGUCGGCCGAUCACGGCGACCCUGAGGGCAUGUACUGGCUCGCGCAGUACACCGCGUACUCGCGCUCCCCCCCCCCCCCGGUGUGUGUGUGCGGUGCCUGCACGGAAGAAAAAAACAGAAAGGCGGUGCACUGGUGGAAAAGGGCGUCCGAGCUGGGGCACGCCGAAGCGACCAGAAUGGUCGCUUUGUCCUACGAGCACGGCGACGGCGUGGAGAUCGACGGGUCGAAGGCGAUCGAGUGGCACGUGAAAGCGGUGGAGUUGGGUAACGCACUUGCCGCGGGGUGGCUCGGGAACGCCCACUACUACGGCCUGGACGGCUUGACGGAGAACGACGACGAGGCGCUGAAGUGGUUUCGCGUCGCUGUGGAGCUCGGCGACGCAGACGCCCGCAAACCAUCAUGGUGGGAAGAAGUAUUAUCAGUCUCGCGAAGCAUGGUGCACGUACUCGAGGCCAAUCUCGCGGCUGCGUGA